GCAAGCGGACCUACACGCGGACGCGCCGUCGCGGUCAGCUACUCGCGAAACCAGAAAAGACGAACGAACGAAUUGCAGGGCUAAACUUCCGCAGGGUGCUCCACCGGAACACUAGGAUACCUGGCGCAGGUGUACGAUCGAUUAGGUUUCCGAUCAUUGGCGCAUACGUGGUGUGAUCUAUCGGAAAUUGGAAGCACACACAUGAGCCGUCGCUAGUUCCUGUCGGCAUUGGUGAAUUCAGACACCGAUUCACAUCGAAGAUCAUUCAAUUCUUGUUUUAUUCAUACGGAACUGAUGGUUACGAUGCGUGCGGAUUACACUUGAUUGUAGUGUUUAUGGGUAGUAAUUCGGUUGUUUACGUUAAUUAAAAUAAUUCAUUCGGAAGAAAAAAUAAAACCUUUCAUGUCGUGAUCGGAGUUGGCCGUUGGAGAAGAGUGUGCAGUGGCUGAAAAACAUCGACUGAUGGAUGCCAUUUUUGGUGAUCUACGGAAAAGGAGAGAUUGCGAUAAGUGUUCGAACAUUGUGCUAAUGCAAGUAGCGAAGAAGAUCUUAGAUCGUAUAGUUAAUGCUAUAAAAGUAAAUAAUUGGUGACAGACGGUGGAAGAACGUGAGGAUAGCCUAAAGGCAAUUGAAGAGCUAAUUUCGAAUUUACGGAGAAAUUACCUUUCAGUGAAUGCUGAAGAAAAAGGAGUAAUGUGGACCACAAGGUGCUGACCAGUGGCUAUCAAAUAUCAACUGUUGAGAACCUUGUGAGUGGCUUUAUUUAUUGUGAUCAAUGAUGGACAUGUCCGGAACUAUGUCCGGGGCUAAUGGUCUCAAUAUGAGACCGUUGUUCAGCGGAUACCCGUUUCAAGGCCAAGGUCGCGUCAACCAGCUCGGGGGCGUUUUCAUCAAUGGCCGCCCGCUGCCGAAUCACAUCCGGCUGAAAAUCGUGGAAAUGGCGGCCGCCGGCGUGCGGCCAUGUGUGAUCUCCCGCCAGCUGCGAGUUUCCCAUGGUUGCGUGUCGAAGAUACUGAACCGCUACCAGGAAACCGGUUCGAUUCGUCCCGGCGUAAUCGGUGGCUCGAAACCGAAGGUGGCCACACCGGAAGUGGAAACACGCAUCGAAGAGAUGAAGAAGAUGAAUCCGGGCAUCUUCAGCUGGGAGAUCCGGGAGAAGUUAAUUAAGACCGAUCCGAGCGCGGGCUGUUGCAGCGCAGACGGCGGCCUCCACAGACAGCCAGGCGCAGAGUACCGAAGUCGAGAGGAAGGCGUUUCGGAUCCACCGAGUGUUUCGUCCAUCAGCAGGUUGCUACGUGGUGGCGGCGGGGGACCAGGUGACGGACGGAAGGACGACGAUGGAAGGAAAGAUUACAGCAUCCACGGAAUUCUGGGAGGUCGCGGAUCCGACUCGAGUGACACCGAGUCCGAGCCAGGCAUCCUACUGAAGCGCAAACAGCGCCGAUCUCGAACGACCUUCACCGGCGAACAGCUGGAAGCACUGGAGAAGGCAUUUCAACGGACGCAGUACCCGGAUGUGUAUACCCGGGAGGAGCUGGCCUCCAACACGAACCUAACCGAGGCCCGGAUUCAGGUUUGGUUUAGCAAUCGGCGCGCACGGCUGAGAAAACACGCCGGUUCGCAGAUGUCCACCCCCUUGAGUUCCCUCGGUUCGCUACCGAUGGGUCAGUAUCAUCCGGGCGUUCCAACGCAGGAAUCAUACCAGAUGGCCGCAGCAGCAAAUUACGACUUCGUUAGCCAGAAUCCAGCCUCUUUCGCGGGUGGUUUCCAGCAUGGACACUUUGGUGGACAAAACUUCGGGCCGAAUGCAAUGAGUUUCCAUCAAAAUAGUCAAGAUUUUAUCCCCCACGAGUACACUAAGAUGAUGAACGAGGAGUACAUUAAACCGGCACACGAGAACUCAUCCUCGGUUAAGAUGAGUCCAUCGGCUGCCCACGCUGGCAGCACAGCUCUGGGAGAUAGCUAUGCGGCCAAGUUAGCUACUGCUGCGGCCAGUAUUGGACAGCAAGAGACCUCCUGGAGUCAAUCCUAUCCGCCCCAUCCGGGACAAGGUUAUGGACCGAAUCUGGUCAGCGGUUGUCCACCAUCGGCACCGUCGGCCGUUCCGGCAGCGGAAUACCACCAGAUGCAGCAAGCGUACAGCAACAAUAGCCUGGCAGCGGCCAAGUACUGGUCAUGAGUAACUUGUUGCUACAGACAGUGAUAUGUUCAGUUGACGGUUGACCAAUCCUUACGGAAGUUUCCUAUUUUUGUUUUAGUGAAAUUCAUCAUUGCUUCAGCCAAAGUUUUUGCAUCUGCUCCCCAUGGUUCAGGAAAUUCUUCGGAUGAAGUUUAUUCCUAGGUGACAGAAAAUGCAGUUACAGUAUCCGAGUUUUUGGGCCACAGUUCACACGUUGAUUGACGAUUUGAUUGAGCGCUGAACAAAUAAUGCCGUUAGCUGCACGAAUUUUUCUCACAGAGUCAUUUCAAAGAUUCCAAAUUCUCGGAAGAUUAAACUUUUAAUUUAUUGCGAAUGUUAGUACAAUUCUGACACGGUGCUCCGUAUAGAGUUCAAGGCUGAUUUUUCAGAAGGCCGUAAGAACAAGUGACAGUUUUUCUUUGUUUAGGUAUUUUCUCUUCUAUUAAUUACCAAGCGGUUUCCACGUUUAUCACUCAUAAAAUAAUACCCGAAUCUUUCGACUAUCGAACAGAAUUGUGAAACUCAAAAAAUCUUUUAUAAUCACAUCACAAUAAUAAAAAAAGAAAGUAAACAAAGAGAAACUGUCAUUUGAAGACGAACAUUGGAAAAGGUCCCGAGUGCAACUGUGGAGUAAUACUCUUUCGAGUAUUACGGUCCAAUCAGCAAUCCUUCCAUCUAACAUUUCACACAGGAAGAGAGCAUAAACCAUCAACACUGUUUGAAUUUGUUCUAAACUACUGGAAUUUGACGUGAUAAUUGAAAGAGAAAGUAAAUCAAGAGAAACUGGCAUUUGCACUUGGGACCUUGGGACCAUUUGAGCCAAUUUGUUCUGGGACCUUUUCUAAUGUUCAUCGAGACUUGCUCUUACGGCCGUCUGAAAUAUCAACCGAGAGUUUUCAUUACGACCUACACGCUCUUUGAACAUAACUCAUGGUUUGAGUUGCGAUUACUCAAAUUCAUAAACUGGAACAAUAUGUCAAAAUUUGAGUAUGGAUUUGAGUAAAAUAAACUCGUUGCCAUGAGUUCUCUCGCAUUUAUUCAUACAUUAGAGUAAGCGUUGAGUUUUUAAACAUUUGAGUGAAAUAAAAAUACUUCUUGCAGUUCAGUGCGUUUUCAUUCUCGGAAUAUUCUUAUCGAAAUAAAGAAUGCAAGAAUACGUCGUUUUCCAUUGCCGUUUCUAGAUCCUGUUUUGAAAACAUGAAUCAGCGUCAAUCAUAGAUGUUUUGUGGUUUCAAUUGUGUUUAGUGAAAAGCGCAACAUAAGAAUAUCAAAAUAAUUCAAUUUUGACUCCAAACCGUUCAAAAAGAAACGGUUUUGAUCACUAUUUUGCGCAUUCAAAAGAAAAAAGAAUAACUUUGUAUAUGAAAAUUAACGAAGAAAAAUUUCUUCAUUUUGAGAGCAAGGAACUCAAAUUUUGAACAAAAUAUUUUUUUCUUAUUUUGAGUAAAAAUUACUCAAGUUUCGACAAUUUCGUCCCUUAACGCAAAAAUGAGUAGAUAGGUGGUAACUCAAGUUUAGAGUACGUGCACUUUUUAUGAAUUUGAGUGAUGUGUCACUCAAUUUUGAGUUAUGUUCAAUGAGGGUGUACACGCUCUUUGAACAUAACUCAUGGUUUGAGUUUCCAUUACUCAAAUUCAUAAACGGGAACAAUAUGUGAGUUUUCUCGCAUAUAUUCAUACAUUAGAGUAAACGAUGAGUUUUCAAACAUUUGAUUGAAAUAAAUACUUCUUGCAGUUCAGUGCGUUUUUGUUUUCGGAAUAUUCCUAUCGAACUUCAGAAUCCAAGAAUACGUCGCUUUUCAUUGCCUUUUCUAGACCCGGUUUUUAAAACCAUGAAUCAUCAAUCAUAGAUGUUUUCAACAUAAAUUUUGUGGUUUCAAUUAUGCUAAUGAUAUCAAAAUCGUUCAAUUUUGACUCCAAAUCGGUGAAAAGAAACGUAUUGAAUAACUUUCUUCCGCUUCCCAUUUAAUAGAAAAAAGAAUGACUUUGUGUAUAAACAUUAACGAAGAAGAAUAACUUUAUUUUGAGUGAAAGCAAAUCAAAUUUAGAGUUAAACUCACUCGAAUAGUGGAAUUAAUAUUUUUUUCUUAUUUUGGGUAAAAAAUACUUAAAUUUUGACAGCUUUCUCCCUUAACUCCAAAAAGAAGUAGAUGGGUGAUAACUCAAGUUUAGAGUACGUGCACUUUUUAUGGAUUUGAGUGGUGUGUCACUCAAUUUUGAGUUAUGUUCAAUGUAGGUUUUGUGGAAGCGACAGAUUCUCAUUGUUCACUUUCUCUUUCAGUUAUUACGGAAUAGUCCGAUAAUUUCUUCAGUGCAGGUUAAAAGAUGAUUGUUUUAGUUAUUAAUAAUAACUUGCAAAUGGUGUGAGUGAGAGAGAGAGAAAGAUUGGUUAGAGCACUGUAAUAUAAGAAAGAUAAAGUAAACAAAUAUCUUAAUGAUCAUAAUGAAAGUUCUAUACAGAAUUACGUUGACUUUUCCACGCGUUUCUUUUUUUUCAAAUAACGCAAAAUAAUUGCUUAAAAGCUGUUUUCGUAUAGAGAAAAAAACUUGCUCGAAGGCAGUAAAUUUUUGGGGAUGGAUUUGAGUGAAACGCGUCUGGUUGAGAAACAGUACCGAAUUCGUUCAGUACACUGUCAAACAUCGGGCAGCAGUGUUUUUUUUCACAAGAUUCGUUUAAUUGAACCAUUUCACGCACAACCUGAAUCCAGAAUAAUUUCUGAAUUUCAGGAAAUCUCUAAAAUCUACUUUGGCGAACUUUGGCUGGUUCACUGAUAAAAUUAUUUAAUAAUAUGUAUUCAUUCUAUAUAUGUACAACUUCCUAUUUUGCAAUAGUGUAAUAGUAUAUCUAAGAAGCUCCAAAUUUAAGUUAACUUGCGGUAAGACUCUUCAACGGAAACAGUUUAUGUAGUAAGACAAGACAUAGGAUAUCAGUUAAUGUAAUAACAUAUUUAUUUGUUUUCGUAACUGGCAAGCGCAACACUCCCACGGCUAGUAGUUAUUCACCAAA